AUGUGCAUAAAAGGUCUCACACGGGGGAGAAGCCGUAUUCCUGUUCUGAGUGCGGAAAAUGUUUUUCACAGAAGUAUCAGAGAUUGCACAUUGGUGAGAAGCCAUAUUCUUGUCCUGAGUGCGGAAAAUGUUUUUCAGACAAGUCCAUUUUUUUCAAACAUCAGAAAUCUCACACGGGGGAGAAUUCAUAUUUCCUGCCCUGAGUGCGGGAAAUGUUUUUCACAUAAGUCCAGUCUUUUCAGACAUCAGAGAUCUCACACUGGGGAGAAGCCAUUUUCCUGUCCUGAGUGUGGGAAAAAAUCUCACACAGGGGAGAAGCCAUAUUCUUGUCCUGAGUGUGGGAAAUGUUUUUCAGAGAUGUCCAGUCUUUACAGACAUCAGAGAUCUCACACAAGGGAGAAGCCGUAUUCCUGUCGUGAGUGCGGUGAAUGCUUUUCAUGGAAGUCCCAUCUUGACACACAUCAGAGAUUGCACACAGGGGAAAAGCCACUUUCCUGUUCUGAGUGUGGGAAAUGUUUUGUAAACAAAUCAGGACUUGUUAUACAUCAGAGAUCUCACACAGGGGAGAAGCCGUAUUCCUGUCCUGAGUGCGGGAAAUGUUUUUCACAUAAGUCCCAUCUUUCAAGACAUCAGAGAUCUCACAUGGGGGAGAAGCCACUUUCCUGUCCUGAGUGA